AUGGGGCUCUUCCAGUGCGGGGGCGAGCCUCGAGGAUGGGUGGAUGACGAGCUGCGGUGGUGCUGCAAGAAUAUGCCUCGGGAGGGCUGCGAGCACGAAGUGCGCCUGCGAUUCCAGGAAGAGGUGGAGCAGAAUGAAGUGAAAGCGAGGCUAGAUUCGCUGCUGUCUCGAACUAAGAGCCUUGAGAGCCAUCGCAUCUUCCAGAUGAUCAGCGCCUGGGGUGCUGGAUCCUUCACCGUGCUGGCGCUGACCCGCUUGCUGCGGAGGAGAGAUGACACGCCCUCCAGCCGUGGCUUUCACCAGUUGGGCAACGAGGGCGAGUGA